AUGGAUGCAACCGAGGAGCCUAUUGAUCUUUCCGAAAUAUCACUUUUGAGUGAUUCCGAUGUCAGGGCAAGGAUUAAUAUGAUUGACGCGGAAGUAAAAAUACUAAAGAGUGAACACACUAGAUUAAAAUCUCAACAAAAAACGGUACAGGAGCGAAUAAAGGAUAAUUUAGAAAAAAUUCAACUGAAUAAACAACUCCCGUAUCUGGUUGCAAAUGUUAUAGAGCUUCUUGAUAUGGAUGAAGUUGACGAGGAAUUCGGCUCGGCACAAAAUGUAGAAACGAAUCCCAAAGGGAAAUCUCUGGUUAUAAAAACAUCAACUAGACAAACAGUGUACCUGCCAGUUAUUGGACUGGUACCGCAUACAGAAUUGCACCCAGGCGAAUUGGUGGGUGUCAACAAAGAUAGUUACCUGGUCCUGGACAAACUGCCCCCGGAGUAUGAUAAUCGCGUAAAGGCAAUGGAAGUCUGCGAGAGACCAACAGAGGACUACUCGGAUAUUGGAGGUCUAGAUAAGCAAAUUCAGGAGUUAAUUGAAGCAAUAGUUCUUCCGAUUACACAUAAGGAAAAGUUUGAAAAGAUAGGGAUAAGACCACCAAAAGGAAUACUUAUGCAUGGUCCGCCUGGAACCGGAAAGACGCUCUUGGCAAGAGCGUGCGCAGCUCAGACAAAAGCCACUUUUUUAAAACUAGCUGGGCCGCAACUUGUGCAAAUGUUCAUCGGUGAUGGAGCGAAGAUGGUCAGAGAUGCAUUUAGUUUGGCAAAGGAGAAGGCACCAACAAUCAUCUUCAUAGAUGAAAUUGAUGCAAUUGGGACGAAGAGGUUUGAUAGUGAAUUGUCUGGUGACAGAGAGGUGCAAAGGACGAUGCUGGAGCUGCUGAAUCAGCUGGACGGAUUUAGCAGUGACGAUAGAGUGAAGGUGAUAGCAGCAACCAAUCGUCCCUACACACUGGACCCAGCACUACUGCGCUCAGGGAGGCUGGAUCGAAAGAUAGAGUUGCCCCACCCGAACGAAGAGGCCAGAGCACACAUAUUGCAAAUCCACUCGAGGAAAAUGAAUGUUCACAAAGAUACGAACUAUAUGGAGCUCUCAAGAUCAACGGAAAACUUCAAUGGAGCACAACUGAAGGCUGUGUGUAUUGAAGCUGGAAUGGUGGCCCUACGAAGAGGUGCGACUGAGUUGGACCACGAGGACUUCGUAGAGGGGAUUGCAAUGGUGCAGGCGAAGAAGAAGAACCCGCUGAACUAUCUAACGUGA